AAGCAAAACAGCAACCCUAACUGUUUGCAAGCCGGGCCACGUACAAGUGCAGGAAAUUAACAAAAACUCAAAAAAAAAAAAAACAAAUUAAAUAAUGGAGCAAAUGCAGCGCUACGUUUCACCUGUCAAUCCAGCGGUCUUUCCACACCUAGCCACAGUUUUACUCAUAAUUGGAACAUUCUUCACUGCUUGGUUUUUCGUAUUUGUUGUCUCGCGGAAGAGCUCAAAGGAAAGCACAUUAAUUAAGGAGCUUCUGAUUAGUCUGUGCGCUUCGAUUUUCCUAGGAUUUGGAAUUUUGUUCCUCUUGUUAACCGUUGGUAUUUACGUAUGAGAGGCUAGACAAGAGCAAGCAUUCCGUUUUUAAGAUAUAUAUAUAUAUUAAUGUGCAUGAUUGAAUAAAAUGGUAUGAGGAUGUGUGAACGUA